AUGUCCUCCACAACAACUUCAACAUAUACCACAACGACAAGGCACACUUUGUCAAGACGGCCCGGUCGUAGCGGAAUCGCGACGGCGUCGACGCCGAACUUGAAUCAGCUCUAUACAGCACAGUCGUCGCGCCUAGCACCCCCCCCCGUGCCGCCGUUGUUGCGCAAGCAGUCUUUUGCCGCGCUCACGCAGAAUUCCUUGGCCGCCAUCCCUGAUGACUCGGAGCGCUACGCAUACAACUCGGUUCUCACUGACACCACCAUGCCGUCGCCACUUACUCCGGGCCGCUUGGCUAGCGGCGACGAAAUCGUAAUUGGGGACACGGUCGAAGUCCCCGGAAACAUGACGGGCACUGUCCGUUUCAUAGGAUCCGUCGCUGGUCGCAAGGGCACCUUUGCCGGCGUCGAGCUGCACCCGGAUUUCGCGGCUCGCGGCAAGAACAGCGGCGAUGUUGAUGGCGUUUUCUAUUUCACAACAGUACAACCGGGUGCCGGCAUCUUCCUUCCGCUAUCUAAAGCCGUCAAGCGCGACUCUGCGAGUUCAAUCCCUCUUACACCAGCAAGCGGUGGAUUGAAAAUCGGCAAUCAGAACUCGACAAAUUACACACCGCCUACCCCCGGUGUGCCCAAGCUCAACCAGUCCGUCGGCCCCCCGCGCGCUACCAGCCCCCUUGGGAAGAAGAUGCGCCCUUCAUUACCACGUCCGGAAUCGCCCGUCAGAAGGCUCCAGACACCUGCUCCUCGUCCAUCCAUCGCUACACCAGCGCCCAAGGGGCCACCUGCCAGGUUUGGAAGUCCCACCUCAAACAAGUUUGCCCAGAGCGUGCGAGGCACAGCUGGCGACCCGAGCAAACGCGUUCCGGGGCACGCAAGGAAAGGCAGUGUCGGGCCUCGGAGCGUUUCGGUCUUGGGAAUGACGUCCAACCCGAACUAUACCGACGAUGAGACGACACCGGUCGGCAUACAGAGAACUCAAACGAAUGGCAGUGUCGGCUCUGUCUCGUCAUUCGGGUUGAAGGUGCGGCCAGUCUCAAGGGCCACGUCUCGGGCCGGUAACUAUGCCAACGAUGAGGAGAUUGAGAGACUCAGAGCCCAGCUGGAGGAUCGAGACCGCCAGCUUAAGGAUCAGGCCGCAGCAUUAGCCGAGAUGGAGAGCAGUCUCACAGAGCUCCAGGGGCUGAUUGAGAACUCGGAUGGGCCACCGCGGUCAAUGGCCCGGCGGAGUAGCUUGGACGAUAAGGACACGGCGCAGCUUCGCGCAUUGGUGAGGGAAAAGAACGAAAAGAUUGCCAUGCUUACAGCCGAGUUUGAUGGGCAUCGAGCAGACUUCAGGAGCACUAUUGAUACCCUGGAGAUGGCAAGCACUGAGACGGAGCGCGUGUACGAGAAGAAGAUUGAGGAGCUAAUGCAGGAGAUUCAAGAGCUCCAAGACCGAACUGCCGAUGUGGAUAACAUCGCGGCACAAUUGAAGCAGUUGGAGGAACUCGUGCAAGAACUCGAAGAAGGACUUGAGGACGCAAGGCGGGGCGAAGCUGAAGCGCGCGGAGAAGUCGAGUUCCUCCGCGGUGAGGUGGAGAGGACGCGCACUGAGCUGCGGCGCGAACGGGAGAAGGCACAAGCCGCUAUGAACGGUGGCGCUAACGGAGGCUCCAUGCUAAAAGAGCUGGAGCAGAAGGAGGACGAGAUUAGGGGCCUCAAGGCAAUCAUCCACUCGCUGAGCCGAGAUUCGGUCCCGAACGGCAACCCCAACAGAACCCCCACACAGCGCUCAGUGCCUUUUCGCCCGCACCAGGGCGAGUCGAUUGAGGACCGCCUCACCCGUGAGAAGCUCGACAGGGAAGUAGCGGAGCUCCGGGCACUGAUAGAGAGCAAGACUAGCCGCGAGGAGGAGCUGGAACGCGAACUAGAGGCCUUGCGCAGGGGAAGCAUCAUUAGCUCCAGCGGCCCGGGCCAGCGGGGGAGCGGCAUGACCAUUGUCCCUAACCAGAGGAGCUCGCUCCGCGACUCGCGCGGGACCGUCGUGAUGGCCCCGUCUCGCGCCAGCCUGGAGGCACAGCACAACCGCGGGCGCACGCUCGACACGAUGCCCGAGAGCGACUCGUACAGCACAGCGACGGAGCACAGCACGCUUUGGUGCGAGAUUUGCGAGACGUCCGGCCAUGACAUCCUCACUUGCACGAAUGUGUUUGGCUCGUCCGAGCAGCACCAACACCAGCAGUCACAAGGUGCCGGCGGGUUGAAUGUCAACAGCAACAUCAACAGACCAGACGGCGGCGGCGAGGACCUCGGCGGCUUCAAGCCCGCGCCGCUGUCGCCCAUCAAGACGAAGCCCGCGGCGCCCUCGGUGGCUACGUCUGCCACGACGCCCACCGCCCCGCAGCCGUCGGCCAGGACGAUCCCCAACCCGAUGGAGUCGGGCCCCGUGGCGGGCAAGGACAGCGGCGUGGUGGAUGCGGGCAAGUGGUGCGCGCUGUGCGAGCGGGACGGGCAUGACAGUGUCGACUGUCCGUUUGAGGACGCCUUCUAG